GCAGGGAGUGCGGGUCGGUUCUGUGCGCGCUGCCGGACGAGGCUCCCGCCGCCGAUUACCCGCGCUCCGCCCUGUAGCCGGGCCGGUGAGUGCCCGCCAGGCAUCCGAGUGACCUGCGCGCCCGGGAGAGGGCCCCCCGAGAGGGAGGGAUAACCGGAAAUGGGGCCACCUAGGGACGGGGUGACAACCGGAAAUGGGGGGCUCACAAGGUUGUCGACGGGUCUCAGGCUCCUAGAGUUCAUUCGUCAGACUGAGCCCUCUCUGUGCUUGACACUGCGGGGGCCCUGGAGAGUAACAGGAGUUCCAGGUGGAGCCGCUGUGGGCUGGACACAGGCUUCUCCGCCUCACUAGGCAUCCUGGUAGCUAAUGUCCGAAGAAAGCGACUCUGUGCGAACCAGCCCUUCCGCGGCCUCCCUUUCCGAAAAUGAGCUGCCGCCCCGGCCCGAGCCUCCGGGCUACGUGUGCUCGCUCACGGAAGACCUGGUCACCAAAGCCAGGGAAGAGCUGCAGGAGAAGCCGGAAUGGCGGCUGCGUGACGUCCAGGCCCUCCGGGACAUGGUGCGGAAGGAGUACCCGACCCUGAGCACCUCUCUCGACGACGCCUUCCUCCUGCGCUUCCUGCGCGCGCGCAAGUUUGAUUACGACCGGGCCUUGCAGCUCCUGCUCAACUACCACGGCUGCAGGAGGAGCUGGCCCGAAGUCUUCAAUAACCUGCGGCCGUCGGCCUUGAAGGAUGUCCUGGAGUCAGGGUUCCUCACCGUGCUGCCCCACACCGACCCCAAGGGCUGCCACAUCCUCUGCAUCCGCCCAGACAGAUGGAUACCCAGCAGCUAUCCAAUUACCGAAAACAUCCGAGCCAUAUACUUGACGUUAGAAAAACUCAUUCAGUCUGAAGAAACCCAGGUGAAUGGAAUUGUAAUUCUUGCCGACUACAAAGGAGUGAGCUUAUCAAAAGCAUCUCAUUUUGGCCCUUUUAUAGCCAAAAAGGUGAUCGGCAUCCUUCAGGAUGGUUUCCCCAUUCGGAUAAAAGCAGUCCACGUAGUGAAUGAGCCUCGGAUAUUCAAAGGCAUUUUUGCCAUCAUAAAACCAUUUCUGAAGGAGAAAAUAGCAAACAGAUUUUUCCUCCAUGGGUCUGACCUGAACUCUCUCCACACGAGCCUCCCGAGAAGCAUUCUCCCCAAGGAGUACGGGGGCACAGCAGGAGAACUGGACAUCGCCUCCUGGAAUGCAGUGCUGCUGGCCUCGGAGGAGGCCUUCGUGAGAGAGUUCUGCCAGCCGGUGCCUGCCUGCGACAGCAUCCUGGGCCAGGCCCUGCUGCCCGAGGGACUGGCCUCCGAGGCCCAGUGCGAGGACUCCCUGCGGGCCGUGAAAUCGCAGCUGUACUCCUGCUACUAGUCGCUGGGGCGGGCCACCGCCUUUGAAUCCUUCCUUGUUUCUUUGGAGAUGCACAGGGAGAACUUAGGUGCCAUGGAGUCUGUCUUGCUCCUCAUAGUGGAACGGCAGCUUGAGAGGCCUCGUAAGCGCUGAGGGAGCCGCCAGGUGAGCCACAGCCACUCGGAUUACUCUUUGGGAGAUGUGGAAAACGUACCCAAUGCCUCGCAAACACGUGGGAUCCCAGUUUGCAUCUGUUAAUCUGGAAACUGUAUUUGUUUCUUACGUAUCCUAACACAAGAAAAAUCAGCACCCAGGCUUUGUCGAUCCUACAUUUUAGGAGAAAAUACCGAUUGGUGGUUUAGCACAUUCCCCUGAAACUAGAUGGCCACAUGCAAGACUGAGAGGGUGUCUGACAUGAGCCCUAACUCGACCUCUGGUGCUGAUCUGGAAAAAUCAAGGCCGGGCCCCAGUUGCCACCACUUGGGGGUUCGGAAAGCACCUUAAUGAUUCGGGCUAAUGUCGGGAUGUCAGCAGUGCUCCCUGAUGAAAGCUGGGCGUCAGAGACCUCAAAGCAUCUCUGGGAUUCAUUGGUUGAAUUUUGCAAUAGAAACUGAAGUUUUCCCAAGCCCAUAAAGCCUUAGCCCUGGUUCUCAAUAGAAUCAUACAGGAUCCUAGAAGUAUGUGAUUUACUUAGCCUAACAUUCUGGGUGCCAGGCCCACAUGAAAGAAAUCUGGCACAAGAACUCAGGGGCCUUCAGCCCCAGGGGUGGACAAGAUGCACCGCUGGACCACAGCUUUCUGGUGUGUAAAAGGAGUCUGGGGCGUGAAAUGACGCCCGGGCCUUUUUGGCCGCUCGGGUGCAGGAUUGGUUAGGGUUAGUGACCGAAUGCUCAACACUGGCUCUCGCCAAGCAAGGUCACCUGCUGGAUGCGCGUGGCUGGGUUCUAGCUUUGUGGCAGCUGGGCCUUUCUAAGGGCAGGUCACUAUCUGGCUCUGCCUUUAAAGAAAGUCGUGUGUGAUCCCUGGGACCCAGUGCUACACAGAGGGUUGUCAUGAGGCUUAAACUUGAACAGAGUGACUUGUGAGGGCAGGUGGAUGACCAGGAUCCUGUAUGAAUUCCUCCCCUCCCAAGACUAGUGGUAUACUGUAGACCUGGCCAACAGGGAAUGGUUAAAUUAUUUUGGAUUCUUAAAUUCUGGUCUCUGGAAAUGAGCGCAAGAGCAGGUUAUUGCUGGUCACUCCUGGGACGCCUGCCCUCCCAGGUCCCGUGGUGUUUGCAGCCAGACUGAAUGUUAGUUCUGCAUUUCUGCACUUUAGACCCUUCCUGUCAAGAAUCUAGCCUUAGCCCCAACAUCCCAGUCGGUAGUUCUCUGAUGGUCUUUGAGCUAUUUCCUGUCAUAUUCAUUGCUGUAGGUGAUGGUGUUAAAGAGUUACAGGUGCUGUGUGCCGUGUGCAUCCUCCAUGCCUCUGUCAGACUCCCCGGGGGGCGGACACCUCAGCACGGAAGAGAGCGGCCCUCUGGCGUUCCAAGGCCGGCGUGUUCCGAGACAGCUGCUCAUCAUUACAGCGCUUUUAAACUGCCUGGAGGUGUGGUGGUAGAACUCACCUCAUUAGUGCCAAGUCUUGGGAGGGUUCUUCCAGCAGACUGACCCUGGCUGAGCUGGACGUGCCCAGGAGCUGGCUGCCUCUCGUUCCGUCUGGCACGAUGGUGGCGUCUGUGCUCCCGAAGGGUCUGAACGGGACCAGCAGGUGCCACGGGAGAGGGCUCCAAACCCGGCUGCCUGCUCGAGAGACUGGUUAGAAGCUUUCAUAGGUCCCCAGGGGAAGACACUGUAAAAAAGCUGAACAAAAGCUAGACCGAGGGGCGCAAACUGCUUAGCCCCACCAAGCUCCUGAGGCCCAGGCACUCCAUGGCAUUCCUGGCCAGGGGCCUUUGUGACUCAAAAUUUGAGGGGAAGGCUGAGCUGGCCUAGAGAAUUACCACAAAGGCCAGGAUGUUGCCUGCUCCCCAGGCCUUUCCAGUGGGACCGAGAAGCCAUUUCAUCCUGCUUUGAAAGGAGGCAGGCAACGCCGUCGCCUGGAGCUGCUGCGCUGUUUUGAUGUCAGUUGAUCAAACAGUUGUGUCACCCAAGGUGAACCAAGCUGUGAAAGCAGGAACCCCUGGGGUGACCAUCAAGCCUGCCUCUUGUGGCUUGAAGCCACGUAUCAGGUGGGCCCAGCUGGGUGGGGGUACAAUGAUCAAAGGAAGCACCCAGUGAGCUGUGCCCAAUAGUGGGGACACAGGCAGAGCAAAUACGUGAGGGAGGGGAGGACUGGCGCGUCUCCCUCCAGGGAAGAGGCCUGGCCCAUGUCACAAACACCUGCCAGAGAGCUUUCCCUAUUUUCAGGGUGAUGUCGCACAGGAAAGGCAGGAGGAGGGACAGGAGACCUGGUGUCCAGGCUUCCUUGUGGCCGCGGUGGGCCGCUGAACACCCCAGUCCUCACGAGACAGGGUUGCCAGUGCCUACAUGGCUGUGCUGUACCGUCUGAGGCGUCUUGCUUGUUCUCCCCGAUCUGAGCUAUUCUUUAGGAAAUGUCUGGACUUGUUCCCUAGAGCUUCCAGUCUGUCAGAAUCUGUAACCUGGGGGAGCUUCCUCUCCCUCUUUCUGGAAUCCUACCUUCCUGGGAAGAGGCUGGAGGAAAUCUACAGCCAGCCACAGUGUGGCCCUUCCCCACACCUUGAGUCCCUCCUCUGCCUGGGUGAACUGGGCUUUGGGCUGCCUUGUUCUUCCCGCGCUCACCUGGAACCACCGCCCUCAGAUUUGCAAACACUUCAGCUCAUAAGUUUCUGCCAGAAACAAGAGUCAGGCCAAUGAAUGUUUUCCCUGAACUCCUGUGGUUUCUUGAGCAUUUUAGAAUUCUCCCUGGGUAGACAGUUUCUCGAAACGUCAUCUGGUUUUCAGAUCUGUGUGGGAUUACUUUCCACGUGGGUAAGCAAAAGCUAUGGUCCCAUUGUGGCAUUACCAUAAUACCUCAUUUUAAAGUUUUCAGCUGUUGAGGUUUUUUCCUUUGGAAUCUUCUUUCAUCCAGGAAGUACAAUGCUAGCCAAGCCAAUGAUCCCCAUCCUGUGGCAUUGUUAAUGGUUUGAGAGGCCCUUGGUUCUUGGCUAUGGCCAGCAGAAUUCAAAGCCACGUGCAGGUGAAGCAAAGCUGCAGUUUAUUGAGCAGCAGUACACUCGGGAGGGGGUUGGAGGGGGCGUCCACAGAACCACAGUGCUGACAGGAGAAGGAAUUUUUUGGUCUAAAUGGGGUGCCACUCCCCCGGCCUCCUCUGGGACCAUCAAUCUGGGUCCAUGCUCUGGUCCUUAUCUGGCAAUCAGGGGAUAUGAGGGCGGAUGUCUGGCAGGGCGGGGGCCAGCCGGCCCUCAUCACGCAGGCGCACGGGGUGGUUCUGUCAGCCCCUGCAGGUGUUUCCUGGUGUCCUGGUUAUAGCUGACUCUUCCUGCCAUCAAUUAUCCUAGUCACUGCUCCCCAGCCUAACUCCUAACAGCAUGGGAAAUCGGAAGCUACCAGACUGAUACCAAACCUAUCCACUGCUAGGAAAGAUGCCAGUUCCAGGAAAGUUCUCCCUGCAUAAUCAAAAUUCUCUUCUCUGCCGACCAUCCACAGUAGUCUGCUUGAGCUGUGAGCUGCAGCUCUCAUCAGUUACUCCUCAGUCGGUCUUUGCUUCACGGGUGGCCCUGUGCGACUUGGGGAUGGAGAGGGCAGUGGAGUUUUACCGUUGGCCAGUUAGCUGUGCUUCAUCUCACUGGGCAGCGUGUUUAGUGGGACAGGAGGCUGCUGCCCCUGGGGAUUCUUGGGACUGUGCCUCCGUCUCUUGGCAUCGGUGAGAACCUGUUACAAGUGAAAUACUUGCAACCUCUCCGGGUCCAGGAGCCUCUGACAUCCCUCUUCCAGGUUGGGGGGUGGAGGGGGGGGCGGCGCAGAGCUAAUCUGAUCAGAUCAAGCACCCUCUCAGCCACAUUCCUUGCUUCAAACUGAAAUUCAGUUUGACUUUGGGCGAAGGGACACUUGGUGAUGGAUUCAUCGACUUCAGUGUUUGUUUUGACCAAAAGUUUUAUUUUUCUAGUGCAUUUUCUAAGUCAAAGUGGUGAAAACAUGUAAUUUUAGUAUGCAUGACUGGGUCUUAAUAAAAAGUCCUGUAAGAUCGAG